GAAUCCGCUAGAGGCGCUGAGUCUCAAAACAUUUGUCGUUUGUCUUUCUGCGCGAUGAAAAUUUUUCGUGGAUUUUUAUAGUGAAAAAACGUAAAAAUGCUGCUGCAAAGUGGUGUAAAUAGUGUAGUGCAACGGGAAAAGGAUGCUUUUGUACUUUAUGUAUGGUAGAUGUUGGUGAAAUUGUGAGAAAAUUGGUGAUUAAUUGUGACUGUACCCAAAAAAUGGCGUCGGAAAAAGAUGCCCACUGUGUUGACGACCCCAAUUUUGCAAUUAUUUGUGCAUUUCUCGAUAAAUUUGCACCAAUUUGUGGUGUUGAGCAUCCAAAUGUACAGGAAAUGCAGACAAUGCUUGAGGAUAUGGAGGAAGUGGCCCCCGAAUUGAUGGAUUUGCACAUUAAGCUGAUGCGAAAGACCAAGUACACCGUUCGUCCGGAUAGGUGGGAGCGUUCUCUCGUGAAAUUCUCCCACUCCUUCUCGAAUGUUGAUGCUUGGGAACUUGAGAAGUUUGGCUACAAGAAACUGCGGCUUCCAGUUCGACUUCGGAUUCUCAAAGCUCUGCUGGAGACACAAUUUGACUCCAAUAUUCGCUUCAAAACGGCUGUUAAUGCAAUAGCAGCCAAUGAGCUAAGACCUCAGCCUCUGGGACGCGAUAAAGAGGGAAAUGCCUACUGGAGCACAUUGGAUCAGAAAUGCAACCUGAGAAUAUAUCAGGAGCAUCUGGAUGAGGAGACAUGGCGCGUUGUGGCUACAAAUCGUGAGGAAUUGGUGAAAUUAAUAGCCAUUCUCAAUGGGAAUGAACCCAUUGUGCCCAAUCUUGAAGGUUUGGUGGACGAAGACAGCAGCAGCAACAGCAAUAACUUACUUCUGAAGGGGGAACAUGUUCUCGUAAAACAAGAUUCCAACUCCACAUCGCUCUCCGAUGAUGCAUUGCUGCUGAAGAAAAAGCCCCAAGAGGAGAUUAAGUCCGAAGAUCCUCCAGAAAUAACAGAAAAAGAACCUCCAAGCAACAAAGAUGAGAAAGUUGUUGAGGAAAGUAGCAGCGAAGAAGAGGACGAACCACUGGUAAAACCUGCAGAGAAGAUUCUUCCACAAAUUACUAAACUGGAAGGCCACAAAAAUAAAUAUAACAAACCAUCUUUGGUCUCGUCAAUCACCAAGAAGGAGCCUCCGAGGAAUUUGAGGACUCAGAGAUAUAGCAAGAGACUUGCUGGAAGUUACAGGGAAGUUGAAGAAGAGAAACUUUCCAUUCCGGAAGCUGUACUGAAGAGGCCAAAAGUUGAGCGUUUGACAUUAUUGGGAAAAUCAAAUUUGGAUAAAAUUAACAAAUUCAAGAGGAUGGAUGCUAAGAAGAAACCUAUUGUGGAGGAUUCAUCUGAAGAGGAUGAAGGAGAAGAGGAAGAGGAAGAGUCUGAUGAAGAAGAAGAAGAAGAAGAAGAAGUCGAAGAGGAAGAAUCUGCUGAUGAAGAAUAUAGUGAGCCUAUUGAGGAGAGUGUUAUGAUUGUAAAGGGAUUGGGAAGUGGAAAGGACUGUGAGGGUGGAAAUGUAGUGUUUGAGUGCAGUGAAACAAUUGUAGAGGAGACAUUGUAUAUUUAUGGUGAGGGAAAUGGUGUUGACUGUGAUGUUGGAAAUACAAAAGAUGACGAAAAAUCUGCAGCACAAUCAAAGCCAAUGUUCUUCUUCGGGCAGCCCGGAUGCCUCAAGUUGAGUCCAAUGAAACAAACUGUAACGACGGAAUUUGGAUUUGGUGAAAGAUCUGCUGAUGAUCAAGGUGAGACUCUUGCUGGGCAAUCGAGUGUAAGUGAGAAGAAGGAAAAUUGUUCCGAAGUUAGAGAUAGUGACAAAAAAGUUGAUGAAGAAAAAAGGGAACUAGAUGAAAAGACUGUCAAUGAGAAUUCACUGAAAGCUCUGGAAAAUUACGUAACUAGUGGUCAGGAGUGUACAAUUCCACUUGUGCAGAAGUGCAUAAAAGAAGAUGCGCAAGAAGUAUCAUCCAAGGAAGAUGUAAAUACGUCUAAGGUUUUUGAUGAAGAAAAAGUGACUGUGUCUUCUGCGGGAAGUGAACAUGAUGGUUCAGUAGUGGAAUCUACUUCAGGAAAGGUUCCGGAAGAAAAUAUACAGGAAAAAAUGCAGAAGGAAACUGUUGUUCAUGGAGAAGAAAACAUAAAUAAAGUUGAAGAAGUCUGCUUGAAUGAAGAAGAAAAAUUAUCUUCUUCUGAAGAAGCUGUUACGGAAAAACCUAAAUCUUCCGUUGAAAUGGAAAAUAAGCCAGUUUCUGAAGUUCCUGAACCUGCUGGUGACUUAAAAGAAUUUUCAUCAGGUCCAUCAGGAAGCACGUUUGAGGAAGUUUCUGAAGAGAGUUCAAAUGUCACAAUAAAGAAUAUUUCGAAAGAAGAUGAGGAGGCUUUGCCAAUGAAAACAAAACCACCAGGCAUUAUUUCUGUGGAAAAAUCUAAUCUGGCUGCAAAAGAAUCGUUAGAAAAGUUGGAAGCCAUAAAAAAUGUUCAGGUUGCAGAAGAAACUUCAAUCGAAAAUGAAGAUGUUGAAAUGGUAAAAGAGGAUGAAACUGUGACGGCGAAAUUACCUGACGCAAUAACUUCCGAAUCGAGUGUAGUGAUAAAAUUAGACUCCAGUAUUAAACUUUCAAAUGAAGGAACUUCCAAAAAUUUUCAAUUGGACAAGGAAGAAAAAGUUUCUGAAACUCUCAAGGGAUCAGUUGUGGCAGAAGAAAAAGAAGUUGUAAAAAUGGCCAUGACUCAAAAAGAUGAGAAGGAACCAACUGCAUUUGAACAAUGUUCGACUAUGGAAGUAGAAAACGUCUGUUUGACGGCAAAAACUUCUGAGAAAAGUUGUUCUGAGAAGGUGCUUGAAGAAGAUAGAAAUGUUUCUGAAAGUGCAUCACUACGAGAAGAUAAAUUAUCUGAUAAUUGGGAUACUCAGGAUGAGAAGAUAUUCACCGAGGAGGAAUUGAGAAAGAAUCAAAGUGAUAUUGCUUCUAAAUUAGUUGGCGCUGAAAAAGUUGACAGUUCUCUGACAAAUGACAUUGAAAUGGUGGAAACAAAAGCUUUAAAAGAGAAUUUGAUUGAAGGUACUUCAAAAGUAACAAUUGAAGUUCCUGCUGAAGCAACUGACAUAUCUGUUAAGGAUAAGGAACCUGUAAUGAAAGACCAUGCAGUAGUAAAGGAGCAACCAAGUGAAACUCCAACAGAUUCAAACGUCAAAGAAGGAAAAAAAGAAGAUUUGGAUGUGCCAGCAGAUGAAAAUGUCAAAGAAUCUAAAUUAGUGCAUGAGUUACCAGAAAAAGUGAUUUUAGAAGGACAGUCUCAAGUUCUCUCUCUAGAAAAGAAUUUACAUGACAUUCCUGUGGUUCGUGAUAGGGAUGUUUCUUCUGAGGGAAAAAAUGAUGUGACUCAGGAACUUGCAAAACGAGUCAUUCACCAAGAAGAAUUGUUACCAGAAAUUCCACAAGGUCAAGCUUUAAAAGAAGAUGUUUUACAAAAUCCAAAAUUGGAAGAAAAUUCAAAAGGCAAGGAACAAAUUUCUGCCAUGGAUUUGAAAAUGCAUUUAAAAGAACUUCCUGUAAGUUGUUCUGAAGAAGUUGGUAAAGAAGAAAAGCAGAGGAUUCCUAAAGGCAUCUCUGUAGAUAGAAUUUCUACAGAAAAAUUGUCUGAAAAUAAGAAAAUGCUUGAAGGAGAUGAAAUUCAGGAAGUUACUGAAUCUCUUUCGAAAAUUAAAGCUGAAUCUCAACAAGAAUCACUCAAAAUUGAAGAAAGUAAAAGUACUACAGGGGCAGAAAGUGAACCAAUGCAGUAUCCUCAACAAAUUGAGGCAAAAGAUCUUACAACUUUAAAUUCUCACAAAAUUGAACAGGGUACUUCAAAACCUGUUGUGAUAGAAGAUACGAAGGCAAAAGAAUCUUUUAAAAGCCUCAUCGUGCAUGCAGAAGAUACAGCAGCUGAAGAAAGCAGAUCAACACAAAGCAAAUCAGCAAAAAGCAGAUCGAUAGCAUGUAGAUCAACAGAAAACUCGAAAAAACUUAACGAGAAAAAAUCAAUUUCAGAAAUUGAUUGUGUUCCUAUGGAGCUAGAGGAAUUGUGUCAACCACAUGAUACCUCCAAUACAGUAGGCCAUGAUGCUUUUGCAUCAAUGCAAAAAAGUUUGAGAACUGAGAACGACCCUUCAAUUGAUUGUAUGCCAAUGGAUAUUGAAGAUGAGAUUAUGGACAAUGAUGGAGGUGCUUCAAGCCAAGCUGAAGAUUUAUCAGUUAGUAGAAAAGUUGAAGUAACAAUUGAUGAAACUCCCAUGGAAUUAGAAGAUCUCGAAAAUACUUCUUUUUCCAAUGCAGAUAAUACUGCAACUUUGAAACUAUUGGAGAGCAAUCGCAAAGAGGAAGAACAAGUUCUGAAUACUGAAAAACCCUUAGGUAAGGCUACAAAGUCGAAUAGUGAAAAAGUAAAAGAGAAACUUUCAAAACCCUCACAAGAUGACAAAAAUGUCAAAGUGCCUACGAUCAGUGACAAAAUGAAGAUUUCUGAUGUUUCUGCAGCUAAGGUUGAUCAUGUGAAAUCAACAAAAGCAACAUCACUUAAAAUUCAGAAAAAGGGAAUUUCUGAUGCAUUACAAACUAAGACUCCGAUUGCAGAAGAUCUCUCUAAAAGUGCGCCUAAAGAAUCUCAAAAUUUAAAGGCAUCAAAACCAAUCCCUCCUACUAAGCCUGAUACUCACGAUGAUGACUCAUUUUCUUCACCAGAAUUUGAAGAUGCAGCAUCGCCUGAAUCAGAUACAUCCAAUUUGGUCAAAGCCAAAUUUUCUAAACCUGAAAUAACACCAAAAAAAGAUAUUGAAGUUUCACAAAGCAGAAAUGUAUCAGCAAAAGCGGAUAAUAACAAUGAUAUGAAGGUGUCAGAAAGAGAAUGUAAUAAGGAGACAUCUCUUAAAAUUAUUGAAGUGAGGUCUUUGGUUCAGGCUAAAACUUUCAUUCCUGAAUGUUCAGUAAAGCAAGCAGAAACAAUUGAGGAUAGUGUUGCAGUAAAGAAGAGAAAACUUUCAGAUGAUAAAAUCUUGUCUGAGAAGGAAGUUCAAGGCAAGAGAACAAAGGUUGCAGAUUUGAAAAAUCAGAAAGCAAGAGAAUUUGCAAAAGAGGAAAUAAAAGUUCAAGAUAGAAAGGAAAUUGAAUUGAAGGAGACAAUUAAGAAGAAAGAAGUCAAUCAAAAGACCAAAGCAAAUGAGAAAAAAGAAAUCCAAAUGAAAGAAAGUGACAUGAAGGCAGAAAUUUCAAAGAAAAAGGAGGUACUUGAAAAGAAGAUGGAAAGUGGAAAAAGGGAUUCAAUUGAAAAGAAGAUUCAAGCUUUAAUGAAGGAAGCGACAGAGAAGAAAAUUGAAGCUGAUAAGAAGGAAACGACAGUGAAGAAAAUUGAAGCUAAGAAGGAAGCGAUAAAGAAAACUGAAGCUGACAAGAAGGAAGCGACAAAGAAAAUUGAAGCUGACAAGAAGGAAGCGACAAAGAAAAUUGAAGCUGACAAGAAGGAAGCGACAAAGAAAAUUGAAGCUGACAAGAGGGAAGCGACAAAGAAAAUUGAAACUGACAAGAAGGAAGCGACAAAGAAAAUUGAAGCUGACAAGAAGGAAGCGAUAAAGAAAAUUGAAGCUGACAAGAAGGAAACAACAGAGAAGAAAAUUGAAGCUGACAAGAAGGAAGCGAUAAAGAAAAUUGAAGCUGACAAGAAGGAAGCGACAAAGAAAAUUGAAGCUGACAAGAAGGAAGCGACAAAGAAAAUUGAAGCUGACAAGAAGGAAGCGAUAAAGAAAAUUGAAGCUGACAAGAAGGAAACAACAGAGAAGAAAAUUGAAGCUGACAAGAAGGAAGCGACAAAGAAAAUUGAAGCUGACAAGAAGGAAGCGACAAAGAAAAUUGAAGCUGACAAGAAGGAAGCGACAAAGAAAAUUGAAGCUGACAAGAAGGAAGCGAUAAAGAAAAUUGAAGCUGACAAGAAGGAAGCGAUAGAGAAGAAAAUUGAAGCUGAUAAAAAGGAAACGACAGAGAAGAAAAUUGAAGCUGGCAAGAAGGAAGCGGCAAAGAAAAUUGAAGCUGAUAAGGAAGCGAUAGAGAAGAAAAUUGAAGCUGACAAGAAGGAAGCAACGAAGAAAAGUGAAGCUGACAAGAAGGAAGCGACGAAAAAAAUUGAAGCUGACAAGGAAGCGAUAGAAAAGAAAACUGAAGCUGACAAGAAGGAAGCGACAAAGAAAACUGAAGCUGACAAGAAGGAAGCGACGAAGAAAAUUGAAACUGACAAAAAGGAAGCAAGUGGGAUAAAACCAGAAACGAGGAAGCAAGCUAAUGUGAAAAAAUCGGAAAUUGCCAAAAAGGAGGAAAAGGAAGAAGAGAAAGAAGAAGAAAUUAAAAUGGGGGAAAAAGUUUUGGAAAACAAAAUGGACGCAAAGAAGGCAGUUCCUGAAGAAAAAAGCAAAACUGAGAAGAAAGUUGAGGUUGAAGAAAAACUUCUUCCUGAGAAGUUACCAGAAAGUAAGACAAUUCUUAGUUUAUCGUUGGAUUUUGAACCACCAGCAACUAUUAUUAAGGUCAAUAGAAGAGGAAGAGGAAGAAGAUCACAAGAAAAACCAAUUAUUGAAGUGCAAGAAAACGUAAAGGAACAGGAAGAGCCACAACUGGAAGAUUUGAUUCCUGUGUCCAAAAUUGAUAAGAAUCAAGUUGUGGCUGAGGCACAAUUGACGGAAUUGCUGUCAAAAACUGAAAAGAAGCCGCCGUAUAGCGGUCGAGGAAGAGGCAGAGGUAGAGGUGGUCGAAGGUCCCUCAAUGCCAGUGUUGAAUCAGAUAGAAAGAAGUCCACUAGACGAUUGGGCCUGGACAUAGAUGAGAGUGCAAUAAUUGAUGAAGAUGCUGAUCAACCAGUAGUACGACAGUCACGGAGAAUUGCUCAGUUGAAGAUAAAAGAAGAGGCGGAACGGCGAAAAUUGGAAGAGAUUGCUCUGCAGAAGAUGAAAGAGGAGGCCAUGAAGAAGAAGAAAAGGGAACAGGAUGAUUAUGUGCCUUCACCAGUUUCAGCUACGUCAGAGAGUGAGGAUGAGUAUAAAAAGUGUUUGGAGAAAAAGAAGAAAGGUGCCAAGAAGAGAGCAAAUCAGGCUAAGUGGCAUUCAGGAACUGGAACUUCUGAAAGUGAUGAAAAAGACGAAGAAGAGGAAGAAGAUGGGUUGGAACCUGAAUAUAUUGGAUCACCACUUUUUAAAUCAGACCAUGAAUUUUCGCCUGAAAGUGAUCUUGAGGAUGACAGUGGAGUUCCAACCAAAAUGGCCAGAACAGUUAGGAAGGAUCCUGAAGAUGAUGAUGAUUUUGAUGAAAAUCCACAUCAUGCUUGUCAAAAAUGUAGCAAACAUGAUCAUCCUGAAUGGAUUUUGCUUUGUGAUAGCUGCGACAAGGGCUAUCACUGUUCCUGCUUGAAGCCAGUGCUUUUUGUGAUUCCCGAAGGGGAUUGGUUCUGUCCACCGUGUCAGCAUACCAAGCUUCUGGAGAAUCUGAAUGCGAAACUUGAUGAGUUGGAUGGGAUGAUUGAGGCAAAGGAGAAGGAAGAACUUAAACAACAACGACUUAUUUUUAAUACAGUUUCCACGGAUAAUAUUCUUCCGGAGGGUGCACCGGAAAAGGCAAAAUCUCGGAGUCGAAGUAGAAGUGUCAAAGCCAAAUCAUCAUCGUCAUCGUCAGACGAUAACAGUUCGGACAAUGAACCAAUUUACAAGUUACGGAAGAGACGACAGACAAAUGUCAGCUAUCGUUUUAAUGAAUACGAUGACCUCAUUAAUUCAGCCAUUAAGGAUGAAAUUGCAGUGAUGGAAGAAGGUAUGCCGGAAUUCGAUGAAGAUGUAUCUGUCACUGGUGCUGGUAAUCUUGGAAGAGGCAAAGAUAUAUCGACAAUAAUAGAGGCAGAUAAGGAGGAGAAACUAAGGCAGCUCGAAGCGCAAAAUGCAACGAAGAAAGAGUCCAAGAAAGAAUCGGAUAAGAGUGAAUCUGAGACAGAAGUACCAGCUAAAGCAGAUGAUAGUAGUGAUUCUGAACCGAUUCGACCAAGUGGACGUCAGAAGAUUGCGUUGCAGAAGAAGAAAAAUCGUAAACUAAAUACUUUGGAUAUCAGUUCUGAAGAUGAUGGAUCCGAUGAGGAUUUCCAAGAAAGUUCUCCAGAUUCUGAAGAUUCGGCCGAAUCUCUCAGCAGUGGUAGUGAAAGUUCCAUGGAACUGGAGUUGCUGCGCAAGAAGAAUAGCAAAGCAGGAAUAACUACGAGAAGAUCAGUGAGAUCACGUCAUAAAGUUUACGACGAAGAUUUCAUCAAUGACAAUGAUUCAGAUGAAUUUAUCGAACCACCAACGAAGAAAAAGAGAAAGAAGGAAGAAUCAGAUUUUUCGGAUUUUGACGAAUCUGAUGAUGAUGAAGAUGACGAAGAAGAAGAUUUGGAUAGUGAUGAUUUGUGUGAUGAUACAGAUACUGGAAGUGACACUAGUGAUUGGAGAUCACGAAGAAAGAAGGCUCCAUCUAGAAGACCUCCUAAGCGUCCAACAGAGAAAUCUUCAAGCUUGGUGAAGAAGAAGCCAAAGAAGAAGGAUGAUGACGAGGAGACGCCAUUUAGAGCGAGUUCCAAGAAGAAGUCUAGUGAUGCAGUGAAAUCAGAGGAAGAAUGUGAAGUUACGAGGAGAACACGAGGAAAGAAGAUAAACUUCCUGGAAGAUUACUACGAUGAUAGUUCGGAUGAUGGAAUAAAACCUGGAGUAAAACGACCAGAUACACCUCCUGAAGAGAGAGAGAUGUUCAUUAAGAAGCAGGAAGAAAUCAAGAGAAUGUUGGCUGCUAAGAAUACCGAAGGUGCCAAAGAGAUUGCAACGCCAAAGUUGGAACCUUUGAGGGUAAAACCUACGGAAUUUGAACAAUUAGCUCCAGAGCCAAUGUCUCCUUCAACAGAGUCUGUGCCUGGUGUUAUUCCAUCGGAUUCCAUUUCAACGGUACCACCUCAAGUUAUACAAACUGCUAAAGCAUUAGACGUAGAUUUACAUCACAAAAUUAAAGAUACUCCUGAUUAUUCCGAACCUGUUGUUGCUCCUACUCAUCCUCCUGCUCCUCCUCCUCCUUCUGCAACUAGUAUUGCUGAGUUCGAUCCGGAAAAUAUGACUGAGGAAGAACUUGCUAAAAUGAUGGAGGAGGAAUCAUUUGUGCAGCAUCAGUUGAAGCUAGCAGGUGAAGCAAUUCGGAAUAAAAAGCUAAAAGAAGCCGAGAUGAAUCGCAAGGGAGAGCCUAAGGAAAAAGUUGAUGUUCCUCCUGUAGCUCCACUUCCAACUCCACCUCUGGCUAUUCCUGUGUACACUCCAACGCAUCCCAUGGAACUACCACCAGAACCAAGUCAGAUGCUUCCUGGACCGAUUAGGAUACCCUUAGGUCCUCAACAGCUGCCACCGGCUAAUCAGCCACAUCCAAUGCAACAUCCAGUUCUUCGACCCACUGUUCCCAUGCCUUAUCCAGCUGGAGGAGGUAUUCGUAUGCCACAAGGUCCUCAGGGACUUCAUUCGCCAAUGGAUCAGCGAAAUAUUGAACUGGAUCCAGAGCAUCCUUCUGUCAAAUUGACAAAAGCUGGUUUAGUGCCGAAGAAGCGUGGCAGAAAAUCCAAGUUGGAACUUCAAGCGAUAGCUGAAGCUAAGGCUAGGGCAGAUGUACCCUAUUAUCCAGGUCCACCUGGACCACCACCACCAUCAGCUCAACAUACUCCAGUAUCAAUUCCACCUUCAUCCAUGCCACCAUCAACACAUUCAGCCUCAUCGCAAAUAGCCAACAUGGAUCGUCCAUCGGUACUUCAGGCUCCCAAUGCAAUUGUAACUGCUGCGGGAGAACCUGUGAUACCUACUACAGUUCUCUCAGUCCAGGGAAAUCCUGCAGCAACUACUCCGGCUAAAGUGGACCUGGAUACCUCAAAAAAGCGAGGACGAAGAAAAAAGAUCACACCGCUAAGAGACAGUAUUCCUGGUGGGCAGCUAACCACAAUUUCCGGCGCAAUGAAGGGUGAAACAGAACCAACAACAUCUAAUCCCAUCCUAGCUGAGAGACUAGAAGCAACUCCAGCAACAUCUGAAGCGAGCAAGAAAACAACUACACCUCAACUCUAUCCAUCAGGCAGUAGUAGUGGUGGAACUAUUCUAUCAAGAUUACAGCAGCAAAUGAGACCUUUGCCAGGACCUUUUGGUGCUCAAGGUUUACCAGGAUCGAGAUAUUUUCCAUCGCCUCAUCAUCUGGGACAUUCAUCACUUAACAUGAGUCUUCAUCAUCUGAGGGCGAAUUUUGCAGGAACACCUACAUCAUCUACCCCUGGUAGUUCUAUCAAUAAUGGAUUGGGAGAGAGAGCACCGGGAAUUUAUGUGUCUCCUGAUCAGCGUGGAGUGCCCGGACCUCAUGGAAUAUUUAGAGGGUCAGGACCAAUGUAUCCUCCAGGACAUGGGUAUCAAGGCCAGCAAUCUCUGCUUCAUCAUCAAUUACAGUCCCUUGAUCCAUCUCUUGGAAUUCGACCACCACAUUCACAGGAAUAUCAAAGUCCGUAUCUUCCACCACAAUUUGGAGGAUUUUAUGCACCUCCGUCACAAACAACGCAGCAGCAAUCGACAGCAACAACAGCAUCUUCAGUGCCUGCCACAUCGGUGACAUCAGCACCAUCGACAGUGCCGGCAGACGAUGCACCGGCUACAACUUCUGCCGGAACGACUUCAACGGCUCAAGCACCGCCGUACAGUCAAUUUGAGACGCUGAAAUCAUCAUCACCACAUGAGAAUGCCUCGCACAGUUACAGUAAUUCACCGGCUCACGUUGAACCGGGCAGCUCGAGUGAAUUUAGUGGUCUCGUCAGUUAUUUCAGCUCUCAGCAAGAUGAUCUGGAAUCGUAAAAAAAAGAAGAUUCAGACAAAGUCACGUACAGCGCACACGUGUAUAAAUGUACUGAUAAUCUCACCAGUUUCGCGAUGAUACUACAUGAAUGACAAGGACAUGAAAAGGUAAGGCAAGUGAAAUAAUUUGUACAUAAUAUUUUAAAAUGCAAAAUAUCUUAUAUACAUUAAUAGCAAAGACAAGAAUAUAAUUUAUUUGUCACAAAAAAAAGGUGAACACACACAUGAAUUGUAUAUAAAUUUUACAGAGUUCAUACCAUUAUUUAUACAUAGUUUAUAGAAUUUUAUUAUUGAAGAAGUAAAAAUUUUACUAUUAUCUUACAAUUUUACAUAUAACAUAUUUUGCAGAGUAUGUUAAAAUGAAUUGUGGUAAAUAAUGUAAUUUUAAUGAGAGUUUUAUCAAUUUUGAAUUAUUUGCAAAAAUUAAAAAAAAAUAUAUCAUUUGAUAUAAAGAAAAUUAGGUCAAAUAAUAGUUAAUCCCGUCCAAUCUCUUGAAUGUUACGGAUAAUUUUUAAAAAGAAAUAUAAAACUUGAUUGUUUGAGAGAAUUGGACAAUUUACUGGGAAAAAGUCAUUAUUUAGACAAGGUUUUUUUUUCUAGAAGAGAAGAUUCGAAAAUUCAUUUUUAUUUAGUUAAACUUUUUACCAAUGAAAAAUAGUUUAACCCUCAAUUGCUUACUAAGAAAUCUUGAGCCAAUUUCAAUAAUCGAAUUUUUGAGGUAAUUCGGAAUUUUGAAAUUUCCUCACUGUUUUAGAUGGGAAAAAUGAAAAAAAAAAAACGAAGAUUACUCUUGAAUAGUCGAUUUGUACUUCAUCGUAGUGUUCGUUUUUGUCUUUGUCCAUCGUAAAGAAAUCUCAAAAAACCGAAUUGAAUUUUUCUAUUUUCGGAAUUUUCAUAACCAUUAGGUCAGAGGAAAUGUUGCAAACUUGGGGUAUCCUCUUUCAAAAAGACAAAAUAAUUAAAAAAAAAAAAACAAAACGUAGAGCAAAAUAUGACAAAA